AUGGUGAAAUCAUUGUUCAACAUCUGUUUGUCGGCUGUUUGUCAGCAUCAACUCAACGAUCAUCUGGCUUUGAUACCAAUCGAAUGUAAACAGAAACUUCUCGAAUUCUUCACUAAUCAUGAUCAGCUGGCCGCGUUGGACUGUGAUCGUCUGGUGUCGUCACCGACGUUCGCCGACAAUCUCACUGAGCUCAAAUUCUAUCUGAGCGAAGAUCUGUCCGAUUCGAUGUUAGCCGCCCUGACCGCCAACAAUAAACGCCUCGAACGAAUCACAUGGUCGAAUGGAGUGCGAACGGUGACUUCUGGUCAAAAGAAUCUGCUACAGCUCGAACUUCGUGCUAUGUAUCAGCUGACUGAUGCUGGUCUCACAGAUGUCAAAUGUCCUUUCCUGCAUACGUCUUGGAAUUCGUUUUCUUGUACAAAGAAAUCCAAAUAUUCAUUGUCUCUAUCUCAAUCAUUGUCGUUCACAUUCGCCACGAUCAAAAAAAGCUUCUGUACCGAUAUCGCCUAUUAUGUCGGAGAACGAUUACGGGUACUCGAGUUGGACUUUUUGCCAUCUUUGAUCGAUCCAGCGGCCGCCCUUCAACAUCUUUCUACUCAAUGUCCAAAUGUCUGCCAACUUUCAUUGGCAAGAUUCUUCAAUGAGAGCUACGACGAUUUCCCACCAGCUGUUCAGUUCAAAAUCUAUGGUUUUAAUCUACGCGAUAUCGAUCUUUACGGUAAUUAUUUUGUUAUUCUUCCCGAACUCCCGCCAACAGUUCAUUCCUUGCGAUUGUCUGUGAACGGUGACGAGAAUCCAUUCGAGCUUGUCCGGAGUUUACAGGCACAGCCCUAUCUGAAGAGCAUCAAUCUACAGUUGGCAGUUCGUGAUGCCAGCAUUUCGGCGAUCGACAAUGCCAAUACCCUUCUCAGCACAAUUCUGCCGUAUAUUGGCAGUAAGAUAACUAUUCUCACGGACCUUGAAACGUCGCAAAUGCUGUCAGUUGACGAUCGAUUUCUCGCAAUUCUCGGAGAAAAUUGUCGGCAAUUAAGAUGUAUCAAUUUGAACGGAUGCAGAUGGGUGAGCGACAAAGGCAUGGCAGCAUUGGCAAGACGAUGUCCCCUUCGAGAGGUUCGCAUUCGUGGCACUGCCUGUACGGAUAAAUCUAUUUACACUCUGGCUCAAUUCUGUCCCGAUCUCGAGUGGAUCUCCUACGCUGACUACUCAGGUCGACCAAAAUUCACCGACAAAGCGCUUCAAUUUCUCAGGGAUUCCUGUAUUCAGAAGGUCAUCUGCUAG